CACCGAACAACUCCAAGAGAAGCGCCUCCCGCGGCAUACCCAGGGGCCCGAGUCGGAGCUAAGAGGCACCAGUAGCCACCCACACAGAAAACAGACACCAUGUGCGACGAAGACGAGACCACCGCCCUCGUGUGCGACAAUGGCUCUGGCCUGGUGAAAGCCGGCUUUGCCGGAGAUGAUGCCCCCAGGGCAGUGUUCCCCUCCAUCGUGGGCCGCCCCCGUCAUCAGGGCGUCAUGGUGGGUAUGGGUCAGAAAGAUUCCUACGUAGGCGACGAGGCUCAGAGCAAAAGAGGUAUCCUGACCCUAAAGUAUCCCAUCGAGCACGGUAUCAUCACUAACUGGGAUGACAUGGAAAAGAUCUGGCAUCACACCUUCUACAACGAGCUCCGAGUGGCCCCCGAGGAGCACCCCACUCUGCUCACUGAGGCCCCCCUCAACCCCAAGGCUAACCGCGAGAAGAUGACCCAGAUCAUGUUUGAGACCUUCAACGUCCCCGCCAUGUAUGUGGCCAUCCAGGCUGUGCUGUCCCUCUAUGCCUCCGGCCGUACCACCGGUAUUGUGCUGGACUCUGGCGAUGGUGUCACACACAACGUACCCAUUUAUGAAGGUUAUGCGCUGCCCCACGCCAUCAUGCGUUUGGAUUUGGCCGGUCGGGACCUCACUGACUACCUAAUGAAGAUCCUCACUGAGCGUGGUUACUCCUUCGUGACUACUGCUGAGCGUGAGAUCGUGAGAGAUAUCAAGGAGAAGUUGUGCUACGUGGCCCUGGACUUCGAGAAUGAGAUGGCCACUGCUGCUUCCUCCUCCUCCCUGGAAAAAAGCUACGAGCUGCCCGAUGGUCAGGUCAUCACUAUUGGCAAUGAGCGUUUCCGUUGCCCGGAGACGCUCUUCCAGCCUUCCUUUAUUGGUAUGGAAUCUGCUGGUAUUCAUGAGACCACCUACAACAGUAUCAUGAAGUGUGAUAUUGACAUCAGGAAGGACCUGUAUGCCAACAAUGUCAUGUCUGGUGGUACCACCAUGUACCCUGGUAUUGCUGACCGUAUGCAGAAAGAAAUCACAGCCCUGGCCCCCAGCACAAUGAAGAUCAAGAUCAUUGCCCCUCCUGAGAGGAAAUACUCUGUCUGGAUCGGUGGUUCCAUCCUGGCCUCACUGUCCACCUUCCAACAGAUGUGGAUCACCAAACAAGAGUAUGAUGAAGCUGGACCCUCCAUUGUCCACCGCAAAUGCUUCUAAACAUGUUUACAACAUCUUUGUACUCACCAUUCUCAGGAUGACGGAUGUUGUUAAGUUGUAGGUGGUUGAGCUCUUGCAACAACCAAAUAACUAUGGCAUUAACAUUUCUAUUAUUGUUGCUGCAAACCCCCAAUUGACACAACAU